UGGAGAGAUGUGUUUAUAGCUCUGCAUGUCGUUCAGUUCUCAGUCAAGCAUCACGUGUAAUUGAAGAGAUUCCUUACGGAUUUUCUUGCGGUAGCCUACCUAUAAAGAGAGUAGAAGAGACACGCGCAUUCCGACCCUCUCAUCACUUUUGUCGUCUCACCUGCACAAGCGGUGAACAGGAGAGGUACCUUAUCAUGGAUCAGGAGAAAUGCUUACCGGAGCUGAUGGCCGAGAAAGAUACGCUGGACUCCUCAUUUGUUCAUGCAAUGCGUCUGCUUGCCGAAGAAAUUGAAAAGUAUGAGGGGGAUGAGUUGAGAAAAGACGGUGACGUCAAGAAAUACCUUGAUGUCAUCAGUAACAAAAACAUCAAGCUCUCGGAAAGAGUACUCAUCCCAGUUCAACAGUACCCAAAGUUUAAUUUUGUUGGGAAGCUGUUGGGUCCACGGGGCAAUUCCAUGAAAAGAUUACAAGAAGAAACAGGAGCAAAGAUGUCCAUCCUCGGAAAAGGCUCCAUGAGGGACAAAGGAAAGGAAGAAGAGUUGAGGAAAAGUGGAGAGGCCAAGUAUGCCCAUUUGAGUAACGAUCUCCACGUUUUAAUUGAAGCCUUCGCUCCUCCCGGAGAGGCCUAUUCCCGAAUGAGCCAUGCCUUGGAGGAGAUUAAGAAAUUCCUAGUUCCAGACUACAAUGAUGAGAUCAGACAGGAGCAGCUGAGGGAGCUCUCCUACUUGAACGGAGGAUCAGAAGACACCAGCAGAGGGAGGACUGUACGUGGGCGGGGCUUACGACUGGCUUCCACCACAAACACACGGGCACGGGGUGGUGUGGCCCCACCCCCUCCACCAGUCAGGGGGGCAGCUGUACCCAGGGGAACAGUGGGUAAGAGGAGUGUCCUGCCACAAGCCACAUUAACGAGAGGAGUACCUGCUCCCAGGGCCAGGGGAACACCAGGGAACAUCGGGUACAGACCCCCACUGUUACCCAUCACACACGAAUCAUACGACGACUACGGCUAUGAUGAUGGAUAUGACGGUGAAUAUGAUGACCAGAGUUAUGAUGCCUAUGAGGAGAACUACAGCAAUCAGUCAAAGAGCAUUUCUGAAUAUUACGAAUAUGGCCAUGGAACCAAUGACGAAGCCUACAACAACUACGAAGAGGAGUGGACUACAACCCGUCCGACACUCAAAGCCCCAACAACAAGGCUCUCACGAGGGGGCUACAGAGAACAUCCCUAUGGUAGAUAUUGAAGGUGCUACACAUCUGUGACCUCCGACAUAAGACAACCUUACGAUUGUUUUUUUUUCUUUUUUUACAUUCUCCUCCCUCAGGAUUUGUCCACAAAGGAAGCACAUAGCUACAGUAGAUGACCCUUAACCUUUCACACAGUGUCUCUAUGAUUUUCUUGAUAACGUGGGCUCUUUUUUUAGAACAACGAGCAGAGAAAAAAAAAGAGAGACACUUGUGUUUCAAUAAGCUACAUUGUAACGUUGUUCUUGGUUGUCCAUAAUUGUUUGUCCCUCAGAAAAGAAAAGCAUGAAGUUGUCACAGAACUUGAUGCUUCAUGAUACCCCUUAGUGAACUUUGAUUUCAUCAGGGUGACAAUAGGAUGCUACUAUUGAGUGAAGUUAACCAAGUUUAUAAAUUAUUUUUUAAAUAUUUGUUAUGAUGUUAGAAUUUGAUCUUGUAAAACUAAUUUAAGUGUUUUGUGUUGGGGUUGAAAGCAAUCAGCUAUGUUUGUAGCUUACUACAAGUGCUCUGUUCUGUGUUUAACUUGUAUUUGUAACUAAAAACAUAUAUUAAAAAGACCAUAAAGCACCAUGUGUAAGCUUCUCUAAAUAGGUGGCCAUAAAUUGGUAAAUUUGUUUUUCCAUAAUUUGUUAAUAAAGCUGAAACUUUUGGGUAAAAACAGAAACAUUUGAAGUACUUGUUUCUAGCACUAAAUGCCUGCUUGGUUUCAGGUCAUUGCUAAAAAUGUUUUUUUUUUUAUAUUCAGAAAGUCCACAAAAAAUGCCAUUUCGAGACUUUCCCACACUUGUCUUUCGUAAUUUCUGUGCAACAGUAUAGAUAACAUGCAUUAACACGAUAAAGAAUCAUUUGUUAAAUAAUUUCAAAGUAAGAUAUAAAUUGUUCCUUGAA